AUGGAGAGGAUUGUGAUGAGCUCGGAGAAGGAGAAGAAGAGAUCAUUAAGUAGAAGAUUGGGGAAGUAUAUGAAAGAACAAAAGGGAAGGAUUUACAUCAUCAGAAGAUGUGUGGUCAUGCUCCUUUGUUGGCAUGAUUGA